AUGAGGGACAAGCCCGCGCCCCGGCUGCUGCUGCAGCAGCAGCAGCUGCUGCUGCGGCUGCCGCUGCUGCUGCUCCUGGUGAUGCAGCCUGCGGCCGCCUUCCAGUUCGCUCCGCAGCAGCAGCAGCCGCUGCUGCAGCAGCAGCAGCAGCUCGCGCCCGCGAGGCCCCACCUCCCCAGCAGCAGCGCCGCGCACCCCGCCCCCCCCGCAGCAGCAGCAGCAGCAGCAGCAGCAGCGGGGCCCACGGAGCUGCUGAUGCCGGCCGUUUCGCAAGGAAGUAAAAAGGAAAACACCUUCAUUAGUCUUUGGCAUGCAGCAGAAGGCCAAAAGGUCUUUAAAGGAGAAGAAUUGUUUGUUGUAGAAAGCGACAAAGCAGACGUAGAUGUAGAAGCGCCCCACGAUGGUACCCAGUGUACAGACACCGCAACGCUGCUGCUGCUGCUGCUGCUGCUGCGGCGGCGGCGGCUGCGGCGGCUGCUGCGGCUCUUUUCGCGGCAGAUUGAGGGCAUUCUGCGGAAGAUUCUGGUGAGGGAGCGGGUGCGGGUGCCCCCGGGGACUCCGGUGGGUUUGCUGGAAGCAGCAGCAGCAGCAGCAGGCCCUGCAGCAGCAGGCACUGCAGCAGCAGCAGCAGCAGCAGCAGCAGAAGACGCAGCAGCAGCAGCAGCAGCACUGCCCCCAGGAACUGUCUCUCUCUUUAUGCCCGCCCUCAGCAGCACAAUGACAGAAGGGCGAAUUACGAAGUGGCUGAAGCACGAGGGAGACAAAAUUGAAGUGGGGGAUAGAAUUCUGGUGGUGGAGAGCGACAAGGCGGACAUGGAGGUGGAGGCUUUCGACGCGGGGUACCUGGCAGGUGUACGUACACCUGAAGGUGCAGCAGCAGCAGUUGGAGACACAAUUGCUUUUAUUGUCCCCAAAAAGGAGCAGGUUGCGCAGCUGCAAGCAGCAGCAGCAGCAGCAGCAGCGGAGACGGGAGGCGGGCCUGCUGCUGCUGCUGCUGCUCCUGCUGCGGCGGCAGCAGCAGAGCCGGCCGCGCCAGCGGCCCCCGUUGCUGCUGCAGCGGACGCCGCAGCUGCAGCAGACGCUGCAGCAGCAGCAGCAGCCGCUGCUGCAGCCGCCAAGCAAGCAGCAGAUGCAGCAGCACUUGAGGAAGCUGUUGCAGCAGCAGCAGCAGAUUGGCUGCUGCCUAGUGUGGACCAAACUGCAGCAGAACAGUCCCUCCCCAGCUUCUCCAACGAACAGCUGCAGCAGCUGCUGCGCAACAGACUUGCUGCUACUCUUCCUGCUGCUGCUGCUGCACUAGAUAACCCCAAGUGA